CCCUCAUGCCUAGUGCCGGCCCCUCCCCAUACUUCCUCAUUCACAGGACAGAAGCCACCCUGUGCUUGUACUAUCAGCUGCACCCUCACUUUAACUGUCUAUCUCCCUUAUUCUACUCGCCUGCUUGCGAGGACACCGUCCGGGCUGUGAACUAAAGGAAGCUGGGCGAGCAUGUCUAAACCUCCACCCAAACCCGUGAAACCAGGGCAGGUGAAAGUGUUCCGAGCCUUAUACACAUUUGAACCCAGAACACCAGAUGAAUUAUAUUUUGAAGAAGGGGAUAUACUUUAUAUAUCAGAUAUGAGUGACACAAAUUGGUGGAAAGGUACUUGCAAAGGAAAAACAGGUCUUAUACCCAGUAAUUAUGUUGCUGAGCAAGCCGAGUCUAUUGACAAUCCAUUGCAUGAAGCUGCCAAAAGAGGUAAUUUGAGCUGGUUAAGAGAAUGUUUGGAGAACCGGGUUGGGGUCAAUGGAUUAGACAAAGCUGGAAGCACAGCCUUAUACUGGGGAUGCCAUGGAGGUCAUAAAGAUGUCGUUGAAAUGUUGCUUGCCCAACCAAACAUUGAACUAAAUCAACAGAACAAGCUUGGCGACACUGCAUUGCAUGCAGCAGCAUGGAAAGGAUAUGCAGACAUUGUAGAGUUACUACUUUCAAAAGGGGCAAGAACAGAUAUAAGGAAUAACGAGAAAAAGCUGGCACUUGACAUGGCUACAAAUGCUCAGUGUGCCUCACUGCUUAAAAAGAGACAAGGACAAGGCAUCGUACGAACAUCCAGCAAUGCAGACGAAUACCUUGACGAUGAAGACUCUGAUUAGUUAUCAUCUUUAUGCUUUUAGCGCCAAACAUUUGACAUUCCAUUGAGAAAUGUUAUUUGCCUCAGGCAACCUUAGCAGUACUAAAAUAAAUCCCCCCCCCAUUAUUCCUGACAAUUCAUUGUAUAUUUCCUGUAUUGUAUUGAAAAACGUUCAAUGAAAAACAAUUUUGCUCUUUUUAUUGCUUAUGUAGCAAAGUAGAAAAACGGUUUUCUACCCCAUUUGUGUAAUAUGUCAUGAUUUUACCGUUUUGUGUCCAAAUUUCUGAUCUAAGUAUAACUUUUGUUUGUCUUCAAGCUUUUCUUAUACCCUUCCUUUUUUAUUUUUUACACAUGCGAAAGUAGAAUUGGUAUAAUAAUAUGUCUCGAAAUAAAACAUUUUUGAACAUAA